AUCGGCUGAAUCGGGUCGACAUCUUACUCCGAUCAACGAAGGUUUUAGGGUCUUCUUCAGGUGUGUUCCACCUAAAAUCUCUCUCCUGACCUCUUCUUCUGCUUCUGAUUUUUUUGUAAAGCGGAGAAAGGGGAAGGGGAGAGGUGUUAGCUUCCGACUUUUAGAUUUCUGGAUCGUCCUCAACCAUGGCUGCUCCUGAAGCUCCCGUUAACUAUGUCGGCGUAGCUAGAGAUUCCGCCGCUUUCCGUCUCAUGAAACAAAUGGGAUGGGAAGAAGGAGAAGGUCUAGGAAAGGAAAAGCAAGGUAUAAAAGGAUAUGUCAGGGUUAAGAACAAACAAGAUACUGCAGGUAUUGGAACAGAAGAGCCUAACAACUGGGCAUUUGAUACAACGCAAUUUGAUAGCAUCCUCAAAAGGCUGAAAGUGCAAGUAACUGAGAUGAAGAAGGAUGAAGUUAGUGGUAAUGAUGAAAUGCCUGUGCGUGAAGAGACAGAGAAUUCCCAAAACAGCAAAGAAACAGUUUCUAAAGUCACACGUCCACAAGGAAGAUAUAAGAAAAGAGAAAGAGGCAAGCAUGUCCAUUUGUACUCUUCUCAUGAUCUUGAAGGAAUUCUGGUAAAGAAGGCAAAGCCUUCACCAGCAGAUGAGGUUCAGAAUGUCGUAGAGGUAGUACAAGCAUCUCAAAUCCAGGUUCCUAGUGCCGAAGAUCAAGUGGUCACACCAGAUUGGUGGGGUCAUAAAUUUGGUUUUGUCAUGGGCGGUUUUCUAGGGGCACAAAGUAGGCAAAAGAAGUCAUCUGCUGCAGAUGAGCUAGAUUUCAGUAAGAGAACUACAUUCUGCGAGGAUGAUCAAGAAAAUCUCUACAAUCGUGCUCAAAAUAAAUCCACUUCUGGGAAACAAGGUUUGGGCAUCAAGGACAAGCCGAAGAAGGUUGCUGGUUGCUUCUUUCAGGGGAAAAAGACAUCUUUUGAUGACAGUGAUGUGGAAAAUUCCUCUGAUUCAAAUUUGCCAAUGAAAGCAAAAAAUAUUGACUUUUCCAGGUUUUGUGAGAAUGUUGAACCAAAAUUGAAAUUAAAAAAGUUAUGUAAGCACCUCCUUAAACAGGCACCUGGGAACUCUUUGAAACUAAAGAAACUCAAAGUUCUUAUUGAUGAUCAAUCAGCAGGGGUGUUUGACAACUUCUCUAAAAAAGAUGCUAUAGCUCAUUUGAAGCGCAAGCUUGAAGGCAGUGGCAAAUUCUCUGUGGAUGGGAAGCUAGUGUCUCUGACUUGAGAGGCUGAAAACAUCAUUGCAGAUUCGGGUGACACAUUCAUUGUACAUGUGAGUGAGAUACCAGUUAGAUCAUGAUAUGUUCGCAGGCGGGAAUAGAAAGUCACUCAUUUUAUAGUAUUUUCAGUUUUGUACUUUUUAAUAAUAUAGGAUUCUGAGGGAAAGGAUAGGUUUGGAGGUCUGUUCAUAUUGAAAUUUAAUUCUAGCCUUAAACCUAUCAAAUUUUGGUACGGAGAAACCGUUUUGAAGCUUGGUUUGGAGAUGUAAUGCUACCUUUUUUGUGUUACAAGGAACUUAGUACCUUUCCACGACUGAGUCACUUGCUAACCAUAUAAACCGCCAGUUACCAUGGGUGGGCAUGUGUCGGUCUAGGUUGGGC